AUGGCUGAAAAGGAGGAUAAUACUGAUUGUAAAAAUGGACAGGAGAAAGUUAUAUCUCGCAAACGUGUACUUUCCGACUCUGAGAACACAGUUUCUGAGAGCGUUGGGAAUUUAUCACAACAUGACGCGAGUAGCGUAGAUGGAAAUCUAUUAAAAGGGGAAGCUGCACAAACAAUUUUGAUGAUGGGAUAUCUUCCGGGCAUCAUUCACCAAGCAAUGAACCGCAUAUUAGAACGUCAAAGUUGUGAGAUAAGUCCACAAUCCAUCUUAGACGAAAUUGAGAAAUUAAAACAGGACGGCAAUGCACCAGACAUUAAAGUUAAAAAGCCAAAGAAUACAGAUAACAUGAAGAAUCAGGCGGUUCCACAAGAUAUGGAAGAAUUACGAAGGCAAAACCUUCAGAUGCACCAGAUGUUGUUGUGUAAAGCGUGUAAAAUGGUGGAUAUCAGCCAUGUUCUACUAAGCUGUGGUCACUUGAUAUGUGAGGCAUGCCUUCAGAAGUUGGAGGAAUGUUGGUAUUGUAAAUCUGCUAUAAGAGGGGUACAGAAAGUGCGAUUUGCAUCAGAUAGGGAUUAG